CUCCACCUCAUCAAAGCGGUUACAAAUCCCUUAGGAGGGGUUUGUUAGGAGCCCCGCUACUCGCGAGCGAAGAUUAUUGAUACAUACUAAAACAAUUUAUUAUUAAGUAUAUUGUUAAUAAUUGCUGCACUUAUGAAUAAACCUUUGUUGAUACUAAGUCCUUUUCUCCAUUUCUUAUACAUUUCUAUAAAUAUAGUUGCAAUCGCAAUCAAUUUUGAAGAAUUUCUUAAUUAUUUUCUCUUGCAUUAUUAUCAUCUCAUCCAUUUGAGCAAGGGAAUUAUAGUGCUAAAUUUUACAUCCAAUUUAUAAAUUUUUAUAGGCGAUAUAUAAUGUCAUUUGUUAGCGAUAUUGAUAAACCAAGUAACGUUCAUGUUGAAGAUAUUGAACGUGGGGAAAAAGCUUCUGUUCAGGAACUUGACCCAGAACACCAUGACUAUCUUAUGAAAAGACAUGGUACUGUUGAUUUAGAUCCUUUACCUUCAAGUGAUCCUUUGGAUCCACUCAACUGGCCAGAUUGGAAAAAGAAUUUCCAAAUAUUAUUGAUUGCUUUGCAAACUUUCAGUGCUACAUUUAUGGCUGCUGGUCUUACUCCUGCUUUUCAGCCUAUGGCUGAAGUAUAUGGAAUUAGUGUUCCUAAGGCAUCUUAUUUCACUUCUGCACAAAUUGCUGCUUUUGGUGUUAUGCCACUUUUAUGGGUUCCAUUAAUGAAUUAUUAUGGUAGAAAUCCGUUUUUAAUUACUUCUAGUUUACUCUGUGCUUGUUUGAACAUUGCUGGGGGUUUCUGCAAAACUUUUGCUCAACAAAUGGCUACAAGAGUAUUAGUUGGUAUUUUUAUUUCAACUGCUUUUGCUGCUGGAGCUUCCUUUGUUGCCGACUUAGCCUUCAGUCACGAAAGAGGUAAGAAAAAUGGUUGGUGGUCAUUAGCUCUUGUUGUUGGAACUCCAGGUGGUCCAUUUGUUUGUGGAUUUGUCCAACAACAUGCUGGUACAAAGUGGGUUUACUUUGUCUUUGCUAUUUUAAAUUUUGUUCAAUUUAUUCUUUGGCUAUUUGCCGACGAAACUGUCUAUUUUAGACAUGGUCCACAACCAGAACAGAAAGGAUUCUUUAGAUUCUUGGGACUUAAGAAAAACCCAGGUAAGCCUUUGGCUUUGAAUGUAUUUUGGAGACCAUUCAAACUUGUUACAAAUUUCAAUGUGUGUAUGGCUGUCAUUGCUGCAUCUAUUGCUUUCUGUUAUGCUAAUAUCGUUCUCGUGGUUGAAUUACCACAAGCUAUGGGUAUAUUGUUUGAAUUGGAUGCACAACAACUUAGUUACCAGUAUAUUGCUCUUAUAAUUGGUUCAGUCAUUGGUGAGUUAUUGGCAGGUCACCUUUCGGAUUGGUGGAUGAAGAGAUGUAUUGCCAAGAGAGGGGGACAGAGAGUUAUUGUUGAUAGAUUGUGGAUUUCUUACAAUGGAUUCGUUUGCAUUGUUGUUGGAUUGAUCGUUUGGGGUGUUUAUUUAUACAAAGCUGAACCUGGUCACUGGAAAAUAAGUCCAUUAAUCGGUGGUGCUGUUGCCGCAGCAGGCAACAAUAUUAUUGCAACUGUUCUUGUUGCUUUUGCUAUCGACAGUGCUGCAGACAAAGCACCAGAUGUAGGUUUGUAUUUAAAUUUCGUCAGAUCAAUUUAUGGUUUCCUUGGACCAUUUUACUUCCCAAAGAUGUUUGAUAACCUUAACUUUGCAGGUUCUGCAGGUUUAAUGUCAGCUCUUGUAGUGGUAUUUGGUGCUGGCCCAAUGAUCCUUGUUCAUAUUCGCGGUUCUAGAAGAGCUUAAGAGUUACAAAAUAGAAGGUAAUUACAAUUUAUGAUGAAAAUUUAACGACGGUAAGACAAAUGACUCUCGCUAGUCUAUCUUAUAUAUAAAUAUAUGAUUAUACUUUAAGUUAUUAUUCAAG